CUCGGUGACCGGACCUUCCUUUGUUUUGCGGAGACCCGGAAGUGCGGCGAGGGAGGCUUGGGGGCGAGAUGGGUUGUGAUGGGGGAACCAUCCCGAAGAGGCACGAGCUGGUGAAGGGGCCGCGCAAGAUCGAGAAGGUUGAUAAAAAUGCCGAAUUAGUGGCCCAGUGGUACUACUGCACUCUAAGUCAAGAAAAAUUAAGCCGGCCUAUAGUAGCAUGUGAACUUGGCAGGUUAUAUAACAAGGAUGCAGUCAUUGAAUUUUUGCUGGAUAAGUCUUCUGACAAAGUCCUCGUGGAGGCUGCAUCCCAUAUUAAGAGUAUUAAGAAUGUCAUAGAAUUGAAUCUGACAGACAAUCCAGCUUGGACCGGUGACAAAGGAAACACAAAAGGGGAUAAAUAUGAUGACAUCCAGAGUGCACAAUUUAUUUGUCCUAUAGUUGGGUUGGAAAUGAAUGGGAGACAUCGGUUUUGCUUCCUGCGCAACUGUGGAUGUGUAUUCUCUGAACGUGCUCUCAAAGAAAUUAAAACUGAAACAUGUCAUAGAUGCGGGAUUCCUUUUCAAGAUGAUGAUGUGAUUGCACUUAAUGGUACUAAAGCAGAUGUAGAAGUCCUGAAGAAAAGAAUGGAAGAGAGAAGGCUUAAGAGUAAAACUGGGAAGAAAUCCAGGAAAUCCAAAGCAGUGGAGACCAUUGUGAAAUCCGAAGCUGAUGAUGAUUCGUGCAGUUCAUCUCAAGUAAAUACUGGAAAGGAUGCCACAAGCAUGAAAUCUGGAGAAAAGAGAAGCAAGGGUGCAGUCAGUGAAAGCGUGUCAUCUUCACUUGGAAAAAGCAGCAAAAAUCCAUCUGGGCCUCCCAAGCGGCCUAUUGCAAGCAAUGAAGAGAAAUCAGAAGCAUACAAGUCUAUUUUUACUUCUCACAGCUCUGCCAAACGCUCUAAGGAAGAAUCUUCAAAUUGGAUUACACAUACAGCCUACUAUUUCUGAAAUGGAAAAGUGAUCUUGAUUUCUAGCAAGCCCUGUCCUUUCCCACUGUGCUGUUCUUCCUCUUACAAGGGAAUUCUUUUUUACUUUAUAUUGGGCAGUUUGCAAACAAUUUAAGACAUCGGCCAAUAUAGCAUUGUACAGAUAGUUAAGAUAGGGCCUGGGUUUUGGUUUUUGUUCAAGAGAAGUGAGCACCAUGAUCAUUCCCUGUUGCCCUUUCUCUCUAGGGACAAAGCCUGAUUCUUCCGUUGGUCCUGGUCAUUGUGAAUAAUUGGGUGGUAUAUUAUCUCAGUCGUACAGAAGUGGAAUGCUGACCUGACUGCAGAGGCUUCACGGGUGCCAUGUGAUACCAACAGCAUGUUGCCCAGCCCUGCUUUAGUCAGGCGUGUCAGGCUGGGGACCUGGAUUACUAAGGGUGGAGGCCAGCAGCCACCUGGGGAGGUUUCAGCCUGUGGAACACCUUCCACCAGCCCCUUUCCCAAAUGUGAGGUGUCAGUAGGAUGUCCUGGUUCCACAGCAGAUGCAAUCCACUCAUGUUUUUUGAGGCAGCUGUGGGAUGAUGAACCAGACACAAAAGCAUUGUGGGCUCUUCUUGGCUUGGACACCUGUAAUGCUAUCGUUCUUACCAAAUUCUUACCAAAUUCUGUGAUGCUGCUAAAGGUUUUGUGUUUUCAUUCUUCCAGGUUGUCCAAGUAGCAAGGCUUCUGUAAUUUUCUGACAUCUUGUGCUUAACCAGUAAAAACACAAUCUGAUACUGUCUCUUUUAAUGUAUUGCACAGUUAAUCACUAUUAAAUCCAGUACACUUUCACCUUUUAAAA